AUGAAAGAGGAGAAAGACUUGGUAUCAGACUUGCUACAGGUGAACAAGUUAUUUGCGAAUAAUUAUUUAAGUGACGUGCUGUUUAUCUUCACGUCUGAUUCUGUGAGGAGUGAUGGUUCUACUGUGACUAGUGGAGAUAAAUACAGGAAUUCCAUUGCUGGAGAAGAUCAUCUGAUUCCUGCACAUCGUCUCAUUCUGUCGCUGCGCAGUGGUGCAUUUCAGUUUGCUCUACAACGAUCCAAGAGCAGUCAAGUACCAGGUCAAGUACGUUUUCCUCUUAAGAUUCACGUGCAGGAUACGCCCUACUGCGUGUUUUACUCGCUGCUGAGGUUUUUGUAUACAAACGAGUUGGGUACAGAGGAUCGAGAUGACAAAAAGCAGCAGGAUCGAGAUGAGUUCUGGUUGCAGCUGUUGCGUGCAGCCUUUGUAUACUUGGUUCCAUCGCUUGUAGAUAUUUGUGUCAAGAGGAUCAUGGCCUUUUUGGUCGUUGAAGAGGAGAUGGAAGAAGAAGAAGAAGAAGAAAGUGGAGAGAAUGAUGAUGACAACAAGGCACGAUGUUUGCAGAAGAAGACACUGGAUGUAUUAGUAUUUAUGGACACGGUGUUGUCCACGAAUCCACUGACCGCUCGACGAAGAAAAGUUGAGUCGGACAUAACAACGCUGACUCCACCGUCGUUGCAGAAUGGACGACAAACAGGUGCUGAAGAAGAGACCAAUGCUAUGAUGCUGUCUAGAUGCACGAUAGCGGUACAUGAACUGCAGAAUGUGUGCGUGCAGCAACUCCAACUGAUGGAAGAAGUGGCGUUCGGAGAGCUAAUACAGAGCGAAACCGGUGGACAGUGCUCAACAGAGCGGUUGUGCGAGAUCUUGCGAUUGCGAUCAGAUACGCCACUUGUCGUGGCAGUCCGAUACCAACUUGGUCGUGUAGUGAAUGAGCUGCUGCGACUUGGAGAACCUUUGAAUCGAGUUGGAAAUGAUGAGACUGACUUGCCGCUCGUUGUAGCACUCCAAACUGGUAACAACGCGAUCAUUCGUCGACUUCUGGUCGAUGAAAGUGCACCAUUCUUCCUCCUCACUGAUACGGUUCCGUUGAUUUUCUUAGCAAGCGCGAGUGGCAAUGUGCAGCACUGCGAGAUCUUGAUCGAGCAAAACUUUGCCGAUGUAAACUUGAUCUCGCAAUUGAAAGAUGGAGACAAGGAGAUUACAGCCGAAUUUGGAUACAAACAAACACCUCUGCAUAUCGCCAGUCGAAAGGGCCAUAGCGCGGUGGUGGAGCUGCUGCUACAGCACAAUGCAGCAGCAAAUUUACCUGAUGAGGAAGGAAAUACUGCGCUACACUAUGCGGCAAACAUCGAGACGGUUGAAGUCUUGUUGAACAGCGCUUUUCAAACAAAUGCCAACAUUCCAAACCGGCGAGGACGGACACCAUUGCAUAUUGCUGCUGCGCGAGGAGACGUUGCUGUAGUUGCUUAUUUGAUCCGUCAUGGUGCAGAUCAAGAUAUUGUUGAUGAUCAAGGCCAGAAUGCCUUCCAUCAUGCAGCUGCUCAUGGGCAAACGGCGGUCACCCUUGUUCUGCUUCACGAAAAUGGCGGUGUAAAUGGUAAGAUGGUGACAUCAAGCACUGAUCGCAGCAGAGAGAGCAAUGAGACGACGGAUGAGUCUCAGUCCGACACAUCUCAACGACUGGUAAAUCAGACUGGCAGUGGUAUUGGUGGUGAAGACGUAGACGAACUCGACGAAGUGAGUGGGUUUAACAUCAAUCAAGAAGACGUAAAAGGCAAUACUGCACUUCAUCUCGCUGCAAUGUCGCCACCGGAGCGAUGUCAAAAGAUGCUGCAACUCCUUUUGGAAAAUGGUGCGGACCCCAACAAAGCGAACUGGUUUGGUUACACUCCGCUGCAUUUAUUCUGUUCACAUCAGAGCGGACCAGCCUCUCUUCUCAACUCAUUUAUUGAACACGGUGUAAAUAUCCACGCGCAGAGUUUAGACGGUAGUACAGCACUGCAUCUGGUGGUUGGUCGAGGAAGUCAAGACGUAGCAGUUACAUUGGUAAGUGCAGGUGCCUUUGUACACUUGCUCGAUGCAGCAGGUCGUAGCGUGGUGGAUCUUUUGGAAAGCAUAAACCAAGGUGCGAUGCUCGUGCCAGUGCUGCGCAACCUGUCACGCCCACCCGAAUGGAUCGGUGACGAGCAGACGACCGAGUGUUCAUCAUGCCAUACAACUUUCCGACUUGCAAUGCGCAAACACCGUUGCCGUCAUUGUGGUCGCACUGUCUGCUACAAUUGCUCGAGCCAUAAGAUUGCCAUUCCCAAGUUUCAAGUCCUCAAACCUGAUCGUGUUUGUGACACAUGCUUUGAUGUAUUGUCAUUUCGAAAACUGCUCUAA